AAAUAAUUAGUCGGAUGGUGAACUGAUGCUACGAAGUUAACAACCAAUUUCUGAAUCAUAAAUAAACUGCAAUCCAACAACAUACUUCAAUGUACCGUAAUUAACAAUCAAAUCUCAUACAACUUUUCUAUUUACAUGAUCCAAUACUUCCGAUAGAGAAUCGAGAAUUUGUUUUAACCCAAGCUUUGAUUGAAACUGGCCUCUUUGACCAACACAUCAAACAGCCUCAAAUGCUAUAUCGGAUACUGCACAUAAAAAUAAAAAUAGUCUUAACGCAAGUUCCGACAAACUAAUAAAGAGUUCUUACCUUCCCCUAGGCGGGGCCCUACCCGGCCCUCAUUCUUUGUAAAAUAAAGAAGCAGAUAGAUUUCCCCACCCUUUGCAGUUUUGGAUCAUGAGCUCAUGAUCACUCUCACCGCAACGCCGAACGCCGUCGUCGCCAUGGAGGGCAAUGGAUGGCCGCUCGGCCUCGGAAACAUCAACUCCAGGAUCACGGCGCCCGGCGCCUCAGAGCCGGUGGCGCCGCCGCCGCAACCCCGCCUCCGCCAACGCCAAAUCUCGAGCUUCUCAUCGCUCUCGUCCUCUGAUCUGGAUACCGAGUCGACAGCAUCGUUUUUCCCGGACCAAAGCGUGCAGCUGGGAAGGUUGAUCGGAAUGAGGCCAAUUGGCGGCAAUAAGAUGCAGAGAGAGAAAGAGGGGAAUGUAGGCGGUGAGGGGUGUCAUCGUGGGGGCCACAGCCCCCGAUGUGGAGCACUUGAUUCUCAGGGAUUCUGUACUCCGCUGCUGCACCACGUGAUUGCGAGGAUUUUUCGAAGGCCCAAGCACACACUGCUUUCUCAAUAAUACUCCUAUUUUAAUGUACACCAACUAAUAAUUCAUUCUUACUUUUCAUUUUUAUGUGUCUCUA